GCGGUCUCCGGCCCAAACUCAACUGCCAACUAGCGAUCCACCGAGCAGCUUAUGGCAUCAACAUCAAUAUCUGAAUUAAGAGUCAUGAAGGGUUUGCUGGAUGCCUCCACAUCCUAUGCUCGGUGAUAUUUUGUCGUAUUCACACAAUGAACCACAGGGGCGCGCCGUAUUAAGUCGUAACUUAUCUGUUGAACAGAGAGACUUAACCGUUCACACAGCCACAAGGCCAUGCAGCUACCCAAUGAUCGGCGAGCGUCUACCACGUGUCAGAGUCAAGGGUCUCAGGGCGGGAGGCAGCCCGCUAGAUGCCGGAACGGCUACACCUGGCCGGCGCCUGUGUCUAAUUGGUGAUGGGAUGGCGCCGGGUCCCUCACUCCCCCUCGCUCCUUUGGGACCGCAGAGGUGGGUGGGGAGGGAUGGGUGCGCGAAGGAUGAAAGCAACGCUCCUCACUGACGUACAAUCGCGGGCGGCGUCAAGCACGCAGUGUAUUGACGCGAAGGGCGGCGCUUGUGGAGUUUCUACAGUACCUUAUUCACACCUCUGGGAGCUUGACAUUGGAAGCUUCUGCACUGCCUGAGGAAAGCUUGCCUGGGCGGGCUGUGGGAGCCACGCAAGGCCUUGUGCCAUUCACUGCGGGCAGGGCUGAGCAGGCC